AGAGGCGCCUCCCGAUUCAAUUCAACGGCCAUCAUUCCUUUCCGUUCCUCUCUGCUCAGUCAACCCAAUCGCUCCCACGACCCAGUUCCUCUUUCGCCAUCCCACGAGAGAACUCCUGCGACACCGCGCGACCUCGUUUCUCUUACAAGAUAAUAAUACCCCACCCACCGCACACACAACCCACCGUCAACAUGAGCGACCAAGUAUCAGAGAUCCUCGACCUCCCCAAGGACUUCGUCCGGGAGGGUUCGCUAUUCAUCAACAGGUGCACAAAGCCUGACCGCCAGGAAUUUGUCAAGAUCUGCCAGGCUGUCGGUGUUGGCUUCUUGAUCAUGGGCGCCGUCGGCUACAUCGUCAAGCUCAUCCACAUCCCCGUCAACAACAUCCUCGUCGGUGGCGCAUAGACUCGCGAGGGACAAGAAGAUACCGCGCCGGAGGGGCAAGGGGCGAGGGGCGAUUUGAGCAAUGCAUUUGAAGGCUUGGGGUAUACCAAAAGGAGUAAAUGGUUCUCAGCAUGGAAAUGGGGAGGUAGAACGCACGAUGCCGAAAACGGCAACAAAAGGACACCAUACCCGACACAAUA